CACCAGUCUACGAUCGAAGGUCGGACUGAGCAGAGAGAACGUUUUUAUUUGUGUCGGUCUGUGUGUGUGUGUGUGGUUUGCGCGCGCAUCGUGUGGUACGACGUCAUUACGAUGUGGACUUUUUGAUAUACUAUGCGUUGACUGUUGAAUGCGACAAAAUUCAACCACUUUCAACCCCGUGUUUUCGUCAUUAUUUGAAACGAAAUUUUGCUUCGAGUUAACUGGCGGAUGGUGAAUGAAUCAACUUGCCUUAAGUUACAAUCGAUGGUCAUGGGGGUGUUUGCGACAGAUGAGUUGAUGGGUCGUAGCAACACCAUGACAUCGGCACCUAAAAAGAAAUGGAUUCAACAUUACAUGCAAGGCGAAGAGCCCAAUGGACAGCCGGACCACACACUCAUCGGCGAAGAUGUCGGCACUAAAUUAGUUUACAAUUCAAGCGGAUCUGCCCUUCGCAUAGAUGAGACUACGUCGUCUGUUAUCAACAACGGGGCUUACUCGCUGGACCAUCCGCACGUCACCAGCGUUAUCCAGCGAUCGGGACCGUCGCCUCCGUCUUCUUCCUCUUACGCCGCAAUCGGUUCGCGUCAUGCUGCGGCUUUUUAUUCGUACCAGCAGACAAGAAGCCGAUCGCCGAGUCCAGCUCGCGGUGCCCACUGCAACGGAUCCGUGAAUGUCGCCAAUGGACAACGGACAGCAGCCGCUUCGCCAUUACAUUCCCAUUCCGUUUCCAACGGCAGUUCUGCGGCUUCGUCGCAACGGUCGUACCAAUCGUCUCCCAAGAUGCAGGACGCGGAGCCGUUCGCGCAACAACCGAGCGGCUAUCUCAACAGCGUGGCCUCUUCGUCGAACCAUCAUUCCUCCUCGUCGUCUUCUACCUCCUCUUCGACCCAUCCCUCUUUUCCCAGGGUAGACGACCUGGCCUCGAGGAGUCACCGCUUGGAAGAAGCCUUGCUGCGGGCCAGCCGAAAAAGUCCUCCCAUGCCACUGCAGACGUCCCUUCCCGCGGCCACGGCCGUAGCUGCGUCCUCCUCUUCGUCGUCGUCAUCCUCGUCGGCCACGGCGGCCCAUUUCAACGCGGCAAACAGCGGCAGGACGUCGGCCGAUGAGCUUCUCGAGCUGAAGAAACGCAGCGGGGCGGGGACGCGUGAAGUUCACAACAAGUUGGAGAAAAAUCGCCGGGCCCACUUGCGUGAAUGUUUUGAGUUUCUACGGAAACAGCUGCCGGCCAUCGACGACAAGAAGCUAUCGAAUCUUGGCAUCCUCAAGAGCGCCCUGCGCCAUAUCCAGACACUGAAAAGGAAAGAACGUGAAUAUGAGCACACGAUGGAACGACUCGCGCGCGAAAAAAUUGCCGCCCAGCAGCGAUUGGCUGCUUUACGCAAAGAAGUGCCGAGCAUUCCGGGCUAUAGUGGCGAUGCCGGUUCGCUGGAUCUGACCAGUGUCGUACCCGUUGUCCUGCACAGCCAGCAGGUCCAGAUGAUCCAUCAAAGUGAACGUGAUUCGCCGUUGACGUUCGCCAACGUCCAGGCGCACACGAUUCGCGAAGAGAAUCAUUACCGCUUGUCUGGGGGCGCUAGUAGCAGCAGCCGGACUCGCGACGGAGAUCAAGAAAGCAAUUCCGGUACGUCUACGGCCUCUGAGGGUGGUGAUGCUAGUGACGGUGAAGCACCAACAGCGGACGGGUACGCUCAACGACGUGCUGCUGCUGCUGCUGCACGACCUCCUACAACAGAACAAUUAUUAACGACCGCCAGUCAGGCCAACGGGAGACCAUUGCCCGCCUCUCCCGUUCCGGGUUCGCUGAAACGUCCGCACGCCGUUGUAACUAAUGGCGGCGGUGCGGAAGAGCUUGGAUCCAGCGAGGCGGACCAUUCCCGGCCGCACAUUAGGUACGUGCGCGCUUCCACGGCGACGACCUCGUUGGCGUACGCGACGACGACGACAAUGUCCCAUCCGGCCGCCACGUAUGUCACUAUGGUGCCGACGACAGCCGGGGGCGUCCUGGAGCUGACGGGCGUCCCUAUUGAGACGAGGGAAGGUGCCGCCACGAUGCCUGGUGGAGGUACGGCGCUUUAUCACGUCCGUCAUCCGGCCAUGUCGUCGGCCAUCGCCUUCGCCACCUCGGCAACUGGACAUCACGUCCAGCUAGCCACGCCACAAGUUCUGGCCGCUCACCAUGGCGUCCAGCUGCUCACUCAUGGCCCAUCGCUCAAACUGCUGACUGCCGGACCGACGACCGGUUCUGUGCGAGUAAUUGCAGCCAGCGACGUUUCUACCUCAUUGCAGCCUUUGAUGGCUGUGCACACCACUUCUUCCGUUACGGGUAGCAAAAAUAGCGAAGAAAUCGCUGCGUCCUUGCUGAACGGAACUGCGGCGACGUCGACAUCAGGAACUGUCUUUUGUACUCCGUCCGGUGUAGUGAUACCGAGUUUGGUAGCCUUGCCACCCACGGAAGCAUCAGCAAGCAACAAUAGUAAUAGCAGCAGCAGCAGUAGUAGUUUGCCGACAAAUUAUGAGCUGCCACGUGUCACCACUUCCGUAUCGACUCAUUUGAAAAAUUCGUCCACUAUUCCUAAUAGUUCUGCAGUAUUGAGUUUACCCAACGGAUUGCUGAAAGCGACGGUUAGUCGCUCGUUGCAACCGGUGACGACCGCAGGUGUGGCACACGUCAUGACGCCGAUAGCCGUCACGCGGUCUCUACCUCUGGUCACCAAUAUGGCCGUUGUGGGGCAACCAGCAAAGCACGUUGCCCAUAUUCUGACCAAUUCCUCCUUGGACAAGAUGGGACUGCUGAAAUCCGGAUCGAUACCCAUCAUUGGCGGACAGUAUUUGACUCCGGCGACUGGCAGGCAUCUUAUAAAGCCCGUAGUGGUCGUGGCCGCUUCACCAUCAACGUCGCCGACGACAACACAAGUUGUUGUAGCGCCGCGUGACGGAUCGACCACGGCCAACGCUCGUCCAUCCACCCCUCAGACAAAGUACCCUCCGACGUAGGAAAUCGAUCCCUUUUGUCCCCCCCCCCUUCUCUUUAUUUUUUUCAAUCAUUAUUCGCCUUUUUGUUCGUCUUGAGACGGGCGCGGGGAGGAGCACACCAACUCGAGUACAAGCCAUAGAUUUAAUUAACAUACAAAUUAUCAAUAAAUUUACAAAAAAUUCAUUUCACUUUUUCUUGUUCCCUUAGCCAAUCAUCCGCCGAAUGAUUUUCCUUUUUUUGAUUGUGGUCAUUUAACACACACACACACAGAGUGUCUAACUCGCUGGGAGAUUGAAUCGUUUAUUAUUCUUGUCCUUUUUCCUCUUGUUUUUGAUUUUGAUUUUUUUUUUGGUUUUUUUUUUUUUUGGUAAAAAUUCAGUGUGACUGUGUGUGUGUCUUCAUUUGUUUGUUUGAGAGAUUCGUGCAGAUUGUAUCUCUCCUCUAGGACGAACAUCUUUAUUUUUUAUUUUUCCUCUUUUUAAUAGCAUGUUGUGCUUUGUUAAAUUUAUUUAUUAUUAUUUUUUCUUGACCCCCUAUUGAGUUUCUUAUUCUCUCUGGCUAAAAGUUAACCCUGUGUGUGUUUCGCGCAGAGAAUAAAAAAAAAAAGAAAAAAAAGGAAACGUAAGAAACAAAAACAACAAAACAAAAUGAAAGCAAACAAAAGAUCCUCCCUUAAAAGCAAAUUCAGUUAAAAACUAAUUGUGGUGCUCGACAAAUCUCUGCCGAAUUGGUCGCACGUUAAAUAGAUUUUCUUAGGAUAUAAAUUGACAUUGCUCGACGACUCGAGACGGUAUCAAGAGCGAUCGAAGAUGGCGAUCUUUGGACUAUUUGAUUAGACACAAUUUAUACAUACAACUGUUGUACGACUGGGAAUCAAUUUUUGUUGUUAUCAAUGAACGUGUACAUAGUGGACUAAACCGUCUUGUUUUUCUUCUUCUCUUUCCUCGCGUUUGUUCUCUUCAAUUCUAAAUCUUCAGUGUUUCCUCUGGCGUUUUUUGCGAAUUGUAUUUUAUAGGCAUAUUGCAGCCUCUUCUUUACCCUCCCAAUUAGUGCAGAUUCUCCCUACCCUCUCCAAAAUAUUUCCAUCUCCUUUGUUUGUUUGUUUUUUCACUGAUCGUGUUUUGUUCUCUAUUGUGGUUGAGUGUAUUAUGUUUAUUAUUAGACAUGUAAAUACAAUCAGUAAUGUAUUUCCGC